AUGGCAGUCGCAGCUGAAUUCAUGAAACACCCUCUAACAGUCUGGGUGGCAGCAUUCAAAGACGAUGGCAAACAAAUGGACUUCAAUGACCUCGCUGACGGUGUAUUCCUUAACGACAUUAUGUUGCAAAUUGACCCUCGACCUACCAAUAUUAGGGUCAACCGAGAGGUCAAUGGGGAUGUCAAUCUACGAAUCCAAAAUUUGGAUACAGUUAUGAGGAAUAUUAAAUCCUAUUAUCAGGAUAUACUGCAGCAAUUGAUUGUGAUGAGUUUACCUAAUAUCCUGGCUAUAGCAAAAGAACCAGACAGUGAGACCAGUGUACGAGAACUUCAUAAGUUAUUACUUUUAAUGUUGGGUUGUGCUGUACAGUGCGAAAGAAAAGAAGUAUUUAUUGAGAAAAUAAAGCAAUUGGAUAUUGAUGUUCAGCAUGCUAUUGUUGGCCAUAUACAAGAGAUAACUGACAAUACUGGAAAUGUGUUCUGUAUGCAAUGGAGUGAGCUGACUGAAAUCCCACUGGAACAGCUGGACGCCUUAGCUAGAAACAUGUUUGAACAUCUUAAGAGAGUUGUCAAAGAGCGUGAUGAUUAUGCUGAGGUAAUCAUAAG